AUGAAAAAGCCCAUCGAAGAACUUAUAGCAAGCCUAGUUUACCUUUUUAGUUCGAUACUAACAACGCUUUCCAACAAGUAUAUACUAUCAAAUCUUGGAUUUAAGAUGCAGUAUCUCUUAGUAGGAGCUCAGUCAUUAACUAUAGUUAUGGGACUUCUUAUUCUAAGAGGUGUGGGAUUGAUUGAAUUUAGGCUGACGAACUUUAGAAAGUGGAUGGUUCCCUCUCUUUUAUUGACAGUGAUGAUAUUUUCUGGGUCGAAAUCCCUCUACUACCUUCCGAUAUCCUUGUACACUUUAUUUAAAAACAGCAGUAUAGUUGUAGUUGCACUACUUGAACAAUAUCUAUUUAAAAAAAGAAUAGGCGGGCUAUCUUAUAUAUCAUUUAUACUGAUGAUUAUUAGUUCUUACACUGGUAAUUCCUCAGACGUUAUUCUUAACAUUGGAUAUGUCUGGAUAUUAACUAAUGUUUUGUCUACGACAGCCUAUGUAUUAUCUCUGAAGGCUGUGGUUGACAUGAACAGCAAAGCAAAAGCCGAAUCUGUAUAUUAUUCGAAUCUUAUAUCAUUACCGGUUCUCAUUUUUCUUUCAAUGCUCUUUGACGAAAAAGAUGUAAGUGUAUUUAGCUUCAAGGUGCUUAUGUGGAUAUUGAUCUCAUCACUCUGUGCAUUCUUUACAUCUUUUAGCACUGCCUGGACACUGAAUGUUCUUUCUUCCACUGCUCUGAGCAUGAUUGGUGCAUUGAACAAGAGUCUUGGGUCUUUUGCAGGAAUAUUUGCGCUAGGUGAAGUUAUCAAUGGCCAGAAGAUAUUUUCUUUGCUUCUUGGGUCUCUAGCAUCUGCCAUAUAUUCAUAUGACAUCUCGUUCAGAAAGAGAAGCGAGUAA